CCAUGACGACGCGUCUGUCACUUCUGGGCUGAGAGCAGCGACCAAUAUCAUCAGACAGACGAUGCGGGAAUUCAAUUGCAAUUCGUGCAAUAAAAGAACGCUUUCCUUUUCGUCGCUGAUACACCAGGUGUUUGAUUCAAGGCGUAAGGUGCUGCUGCCAUUGUAAUCAGAUAAACACAAAAGAGCAGAAGAAGAAGAACCAGGAAAUGAAUAACUUCCCCUGACAGUGGUAGCAGGAUUACGACCCAUCAUUCACUCUCCUACCAUUCACAUCUUAGGGUUGGAGGAGCUGUCUCAGUGAUAAACUACCUGCUCAGAGCAUAAGCCUUGCAACCCACCCCCAUCCCCCACUCACUCACACACACCUAGUCAGGAUGAAGCUGAAAGAGGACCUGAACCCAGUGCUGCUGCUGCUCUUCCAGGUGACGGUGUGGCUGUACUCUGUCCUAGCCUUCCUCCCCUCCUACCUCUUCAGCUCUGUGUCAGAAUCAGACGCAGGCCUCGGGUCAGAACAGGAGCGGGCUCAGAGACUCAAGGCCCGGUCUGUGACGGGUCGCCCAGCGGGGCCCUACAGGGCCAUGGGCGCCACCAAGAGGCUGGUGUCGUCCCUGCACCCCGGGGUGGACACACUGGAUAAGGUGUUUGAGGACGCAUCCAGAAGGUUCUCUGACAGAGACUGCCUGGGCACCAGAGAGGUAGUCAUGGAGGAGGAUGAGAGGCAGAGCAACGGAAAGUUCUUCAAGAAGGUGAUCCUGGGGCAGUACCGCUGGCUGUCCUAUGCUGAGACCCACAGGGCAGCAGCCUGCUUUGGCAUUGGUCUGGCAGCGCUUGGCCAGAGGGCCCACAACAAUAUUGCCAUCUUCUGUGAGACCAGGGCCGAGUGGGUAAUAGCUGCACAGGCCUGCUUCAUGCAAAACUUCCCCUUGGUCACUCUGUACUCUACCCUGGGGGGUCCGGCCAUCACUCAUGGUCUGAACGAGACAGAGGUCAGUCACAUCAUAACCAGCCGAGAGCUACUGGAGACCAGACUCAAGUUCAUCCUGCUGGAGGUGCCCAGGCUGCGGCACAUCAUUGUGGUGGAUGACACACCCACCGAGUGGCCUGGUUACCCACGAGGCAUCACUGUCCACAACAUGGCCACUGUUCAGGGGCUGCAGACCAAGCCUGAGAAUGUGUGUCAGGGGCAUAAACAGCCCAUGCCCUCUGACAUCGCUGUCAUCAUGUACACGAGCGGCUCCACUGGCAUACCCAAGGGAGUCAUGAUCUCCCAUAGCAACAUCAUUGCUGGCAUCACUGGCAUGGCAGAAAGGAUACCCAACCUGGGUGAGAAUGACACCUACAUCGGGUACCUCCCUCUGGCCCAUGUGUUGGAGCUGAGUGCAGAGCUGGUGUGUGUGGCUCACGGCUGCAGGAUCGGCUACUCCUCCCCCCAGACACUAGCGGACCAGUCGACAAAGAUUAAACAAGGCAGUAAAGGAGACACCAGUGUUCUGCAGCCUACUCUAAUGGCAGCUGUGCCGGAGAUAAUGGAUCGUAUCUAUAAGAAUGUGAUGACCAAGGUGGAGGAGAUGAGCAGUGCUCAGAGGACUCUGUUCACUCUGGCCUACAACUACAAGCUGGAGCAGCUCUCCCAGGGACGCAGCACGCCACUGUGUGACAACCUAGUGUUUAAGAAGGUUCGGUCCCUACUGGGGGGGAAGACCAGGGUGCUGCUGUCGGGCGGGGCGCCCCUCUCUGCCGCCACCCAGCGAUUCAUUAAUGUCUGCUUCUGUUGCCCCGUGGGCCAGGGCUAUGGCCUCACCGAGACCUGCGGAGCUGGAACCAUCAGCGAGAUGUGGGACUACAGUACAGGGCGAGUUGGAGGACCACUCAUUUGUUCUGAAAUCAAGCUCAAGGAUUGGGUGGAGGGUGGCUACCACAUCACAGACAUGCCCGCCCCACGAGGUGAGAUUCUGAUUGGCGGGCCCAAUGUUACCAUGGGUUACUACAAGAACGAGGCCAAGAACCAGGACUUCUUUGUGGAUGAAAACGGCCAGCGCUGGUUCUCUACGGGAGACAUAGGAGAGGUCCAUCCUGAUGGAUGCCUCAAGAUCAUUGAUCGUAAGAAGGACCUGGUUAAGCUCCAGGCAGGAGAGUAUGUGUCUCUGGGGAAGGUGGAGGCCAUGCUGAAGAACUGCCCCCUUAUAGACAACAUCUGUGCCUACGCCAACAGCGAUGAGAUGUACGUGAUUGGCUUUGUGGUGCCCAAUCAGAAGCAUCUGCUUUUGCUGGCGGAGCAGUAUCUUAUCCGGGGCUCGUGGGAGGAGCUGUGUGACAACGCUGCCAUGGAGGAGGUGGUCCUGCAGGUCAUCACCGAGGCCGCCCUAUCAGCCCAGCUGGAGCGGUUUGAGAUCCCCCGUAAGAUCCGUCUGAGCCCCGAGCCCUGGACCCCCGAGACGGGCCUGGUGACCGAAGCCUUCAAGCUCAAACGCCAGCAGCUGAAGAGCAAGUACCAGGACGACAUCGAGAGAAUGUACGGCGGGAAGUAGGACCAAACCAGACCAGAACUUCUCCAAGCACAGAGCCAGCAUCUGCCUCAAGCCGCCCAGCUCCUUGCUCAAUCCUCUUUUCCGCACCCGAACCCAGACCCCCAUCCUGGACGAGCCACCAGAAGCACUUGAAUCUACUUUGUUCUCCUGAGACCAAAAAAAGAUAGACAGAUUGAGAGAGAUAGAGAGAGAGACAGAUUGAGAGAGAUAGAGAGAGACAGAUUGAGAUAGAGAGAGAGACAGAUUGAGAGAAAUAGAGAGAGAGACAGAUUGAGAGAGAUAGAGAGAGAGACAGAUUGAGAGAAAUAGAGAGAGAGACAGAUUGAGAGAGAUAGAGGGAGAGAAAUAUAAAUAUCAAAGAGAGGAGGCUGUGUUGUUGCAAUAUUUCCCCUCCACUGUUCCUUUAUUCGCUAAAAUGUCUUUGCUUAAAAAUGUGAAUCAAUAGACAAUAGCCUAGCCCUGAAGACUGUUGGAGAGAAAGAUUAGCUAGGGGAGAGUAAGUAAGGAGUGUUGUUGGAACACCCUCAAACAGUAUCUCCAUGUUCAUUCCACUUAUUACCCUCUUUGGAGAUGAUUUUCCUCAAGAUGUGAGUUAUGAGACAGGACAGGUAGGUCAUGCUGCCUGUUGAGCUCAUGUCUGUCUGAGUGUUGUCGACUGUUAUUGAAGCACAAACUCAGGUUGGUUGGAAAACUUUCAGUUUUAACCCCAAUGCCCUUCUGUCUGAGGUCGUCAGGAAUGCUAAGCCUUGAGAGCCUGUAGAGAGCAAGUACCAUUAACAUUUAGGUUAAUAGCUGCUGUUUGAUUAUUUGUUCUUCUCCUUUAAUUCCGUGAUUCUGUUCACAUUAGUAUAGAGUCCUCAUUGGCUAAUUCUCUGUCCAAGUUCAAAAUCCAUGGCUCCAAAUCCAUUUUUUUCACUGCGUAUUCUAUUGUUUAUUUCAGGACCUAGUUCUUCCCAGAGACUAGUCUUACUUUCUGCAGGACAGGAAGAAACUAGCUGUCUGUGUUUAUUUUUGUUGUGUUUGGUUGAUGCUGUUUUUUCUGCUUAGUGAGGCUUUAGUACUAUGAUUUAUAUUUGAUGCCCAUCUGUCCAUCCAAUCCUACAAGCAUGAAGUCAACAGGAGGUUCAGAGAGACUAAGAUAAGAUAAUGACUUUAUUAUCCCAAUGGGGAAAUUUUGGUUGCGGCUUGGGCAGUGAAAUGAUGAGUCUCUUCCACCAGAAGAAAAACAGAACAUUUUGGCGUGGAUAUACAGUACCACUCAAAAGUUUGGACACACCUACUCAUUCAAGGGUUUUUCUUUAUUUGUACUACAUUGUAGAACAAUAGUGAAGACAUCAAAACUAUGCAAUAACACAUAUGGACUCAUGUACAUAAAUCA